CGUGAAAGCAAAGGUAAAUGUCAAUAAUUGAAUUGUUUCGUCUCCCUUCUCCAUAAUUACAUCUUUCAAGCAACAACUCUCUAUAUAUACAUGCAAAUAUACAAGAUAUCUUCAAUGAGUACACAACAAUUCAUCCCACAUUAUUCACUGUAAAAGAUUUCUCAACCAGAGUGUCAAUCCACUAAUUUGCAAAGUCCAGAACGGUGCUCUGUGCUUGUGGGGUUAGGCAUUUCCAGCUUAAAUAGGCUCCGAGAACAUUGAGGUGUGAGAAGGAUAUGGAUUCAAGCCGCUCGCUUUCUUGCAUUCUCCUUUUAGUUCUGUUUGGGAUAUUUAUCCAACAUCAAUAUUCUGCAAGUGGGAUUGGCGCAUAUCAGACAGUGCUACUUUCAGUAAAUAUGUCUGAAGCAUCAGGAAGGAAAAUACCGGAUACUCUAUUUGGAAUAUUUUUUGAGGAGAUCAAUCAUGCUGGUGCUGGUGGACUAUGGGCUGAACUUGUCAGCAAUAGAGGUUUCGAAUCUGGAGGCUCAUUUACACCAUCUAUCAUUGAACCUUGGGUUAUCAUUGGGGAUGAUUCUUCUGUCCUCGUAUCAACUGAUCUUUCAUCAUGUUUUGAUCGGAAUAAAGUUGCACUGCGGGUACAAGUGCUUUGUGACAUUGAAGGUGCCAAUAUAUGUCCAGGUGGAGGAGUUGGUGUCUACAAUCCUGGAUUCUGGGGCAUGAAUAUUGAACAAGGAAAGAGAUACAAACUGGCAUUUUAUGUGCGUUCAGAAGAACCAAUUAAUCUAUCAGUAGCUUUGACCGGUUCAAAUGGACUGAAGAAGCUGGCUACAACUACUGUAGUAGCUGCAAAUGUAUCGAGUUGGACAAAGGCGUUGGUUUUGUUGGAAGCUGAAGGAACCGAUCCCAAUUCAAGACUGGAACUGAGAUCAACUACAAAGGGAGUUAUAUGGUUUGAUCAAGUAUCAUUGAUGCCUCUGGACACAUAUAAUGGGCAUGGCUUCCGGAAAGACCUUUUUGGAAUGCUUAAAGAUUUGAAACCAGCAUUCAUCAGAUUUCCAGGGGGCUGUUUUGUCGAAGGUGACUACUUAAAAAAUGCAUUUCGGUGGAAAGAAACCAUUGGACCAUGGGAAGACAGGCCUGGCCAUUACGGUGACGUGUGGAAGUACUGGACCGAUGAUGGGCUUGGUCUUUUUGAGUUUCUUCAACUUUCUGAGGACUUGGGGGCAUUGCCAGUCUGGGUUUUCAACAACGGAAUCAGCCACAACGACCAAGUUGACACUUCCAGUAUCUUACCUUUCGUGCAAGAUAUCUUAGACGGUCUUGAAUUUGCGAGAGGUGCUCCUAACUCAAGAUGGGGUUCGAUUCGAGCUGAAAUGGGACAUCCAGAGCCCUUUGAUUUAAGAUAUGUUGCUAUUGGAAACGAGGAUUGUUAUAAGCCACAUUACCCUGGAAAUUACCUCAAGUUCUAUUCGGCAAUCAAAGAAGCCUACCCAGAUAUUAAGAUAAUCUCCAAUUGUGAUGGUUCUUCCAAAGCAUUAGAUCACCCUGCUGAUUUAUAUGAUUUUCAUAUUUAUGUCAGUGCAAGUGAUAUGUUCUCUAAUGCCAGCCGUUUCGAUGGUGCGCCACGCAGUGGACCAAAGGCUUUUAUAAGUGAGUAUGCCGUGCAUGAAGAUGCUGGAAAAGGUAAUCUUUUAGCAGCACUGGGUGAAGCUGGAUUCCUUAUUGGAGUAGAAAAGAACAGUGAUGUAAUCGAAAUGGCAAGUUAUGCACCCCUAUUUGUUAACAACAAUAACUGGAUGUGGAAAGCAGAUGCGAUUGUUUUCGAUUCUUCACAGGUGUAUGGGACCCCUAGUUAUUGGAUGCAACACCUCUUCAAAGAGUCCAAUGGUGCAACUCUUCUAAGUUCAACACUCCAAGCUAAUUCUUCAAAUUCACUAAUAGGAUCUGCCAUCAUCUGGCGAAACGAGACAGAUAACAACGAGUACUUAAGAAUAAAGGUUGUGAACUUUGGGAGUAGCAUAGAAACUCUUACUAUCGCUAUCAGUGGAUUGGAGAAGGAAAUCGCUGGGGCCACAAAAACUAUAUUAACAUCUACCAAUGUGAUGGAUGAGAAUUCUUUCGCAAAUCCUAAAAAGAUUUCACCAGUUAUUGGCGAAAUCAUUGAUGUUGGAGACUUACCAUAUUCUGGCGAAAUCACGGAUAUUGUACUGUUACCAUAUUCUAUCAGUUCAUUGGAUUUGUUACAAAAACCCUCAAGCAUUAGGACUGCAACAACUGCUUCUGACCUUGAAUCUUCAUUCUAAAACUAUGUACCAUUGAAAAUGCCAAUAAUGGAUUAUGUCACUUUCAUCUAUUUUUCAUGGGUUUUUAGUU